ACAAGAAAAAGGUCAGCUCUGCUUUCAACAGAAAGUAUUCUUUACUGUAUCUCUGACAACGUUUGGAAUUUAUUUUUGCUGCUGCAGGCAGUAUGGUGGGGGGAAACCAUCAAGACAUUUGGAGUUGUUUUUUCCCGUCUUUCAGAAUUAAAAGGACAACCGCUUCAGCUAUAAGAUACUUUUAAUGGACUUGUUGGCCAACUAAACUCACACACACACAAACAAACAAAUUUGGAAUGUUGUACAAUAAUAAAAUAGCAUUCUUUUGCUAAGUGGAUUCAUUUCAUUUUUUUUUAUCUCCUUCACAAGUAAGUAUAGCAGUUUUAAGAACUGGGAUUUUGUGCUCUCUGGAUUCAAGGAAAGGAACAAAGCAUCGGUGGCAGUAUUCAAACAUGAUGAAUCCCCCUUAGCUCAUCCUCUUUGACAACAAAACCAGACUGGGGCACAACCACAAGGCAAAUGGACUGGCUUUUAACAUGAAAAUCUGUGUUAUUUUGAUACUGAAACUAUGUUCCCAAGGAAAAGAUGCAGGUACGGGCCACGAAAACAGCAGUUUCUCUUCCUGAUGCUGGUACUGGCCUUUGUACUGUUGACAGUAACCAUGCUGAAUCCAUCAGCCAAAGACCUGAACAAGGAAUGGAUAUCCGAGCCAGCAAAGUCUGUCCCUGAAGAAGGGAACCAGCUGGAUUUUGGUGAAACUCAAGAGAUCUUAGAUGCUCAGGAGGACAACCAACAGCAUUUGUCCAUGGAGGAGCUGUUGCCUUUCAUCUCCCUAAGAGAAGAUGAGCUCUUGGUGGCUGUCGAGUCACCCACAGCCAAGAGAAACCAUAGCAAAGCUAGGAAAGAAUACCGGAUGAUCGGGCAGCAAAACAGAAGGCAAGAGGAGGGCAAGCAGGUCCCAGCAUCCAAGUUCCUGCUGAAGCCCUUUCCUUGGCAGGAUGGAGAGAAGACUGAGGCAAGUGAGAUGACAAUAGGUGGCCUGGAAACGUAUGGGUUUAAUGAAGCACUCAGCCAACAGAUCUCUCUGCACAGGGAGCUGCCUGAGGUACGGCAUCCUUUGUGCCUGCAGCAAGAAGCGAGCCCCAGUUUACUUACAGCAAGUGUCAUCAUCUGCUUCCAUGAUGAAGCCUGGUCUACUCUCUUGAGAACAGUACAUAGCAUCUUGGAUACAGCUCCGAAGGACUUUCUCAAAGAAAUUAUCCUUGUGGAUGACCUGAGUGAGCAAGGAUAUUUGAAGUCAUCCCUGAGUGAAUACAUCUCUAAGCUGGCAGGUGUGAAAUUGAUUAGGAGCAACAAAAGACUGGGAGUCAUCCAAGGCCGCAUGCUUGGUGCUGCGCGAGCCACGGGGGACGUUGUGAUCUUCAUGGACUCCCACUGUGAGUGUCACAGAGGCUGGCUAGAACCUCUCUUGGACAGACUAGCGAGCAACAGAAGACGGAUUGUGUCUCCUGUCAUUGAUGUCAUUGACUGGAAGACCUUUCAGUAUUAUCAUUCUGUGGGCCUGCAAAGAGGUGUUUUUGAUUGGAAAUUAGAUUUCCACUGGAAGCCACUGCCAGAACAUGAAAAGAAGGUACGACAGUCUCCCAUCAGCCCCAUCAGGAGUCCUGCAGUACCCGGAGUAAUAGUAGCAGUGGACCGACAUUAUUUCCAAAAUACAGGGGGUUAUGAUUCUGACAUGACUCUAGGGGGGGCUGAAAAUCUGGAGUUAUCUAUAAAGGCCUGGCUUUGUGGUGGAGCUGUGGAAAUCCUUCCAUGUUCACGGGUGGGACAUGUCUACCGAACAAGCAUACCCUCCCGCUUUCCUGAUGAAGAAGCAGUGGAAAGAAACAAGAUACGAAUAGCUGAGACUUGGCUGGAUUCAUUUAAAGAAUUCUUUUACCAACAGAACAAGAUGGCAUGCUUAAUUAGGAAGACUGAGAAGCUAAACUGCACAGAGCGUGUUCUGCUGCAAAAGAGACUAGGAUGCAAACGUUUUCAGUGGUUUCUCUCAAAUGUGUAUCCUGAGCUACACCCACUGCAACCCAGACCAAGAUAUUCAGGCAAGCUGUACAAUACUGGGGUUGGACUUUGUGUCGAGUACAAGUCUCAACAGGAUGCUGCUGGAGGCCCUGUUACGUUAUCACCUUGCAGUGACACUAUCAACCAGCACUUUGAAUACAAUGGCAUGAAGGAAAUCUGGUUUGGUUCCAUGCUGCAGCUUUGUUUUGAUGUUGAACAUGAAAAAGUUGUCCUUCAAGACUGUACAAAAGAGGUGGAAAACAGCUCACAACACUGGGAUAUGAGAGAGAAUGGAAUGAUUGUCCAUGUGCUUUCUGGUAAGUGCAUUGAGGCCAUAAAGACAGACCUUUGUCUACGGAAAUGUAACAAGGACGCCAGUCUGAUAUGGCAAUUUGAUGGUUCAUACCACAUAGAUGAGAGAUGAAUGUGAAGACCUCUAUGAACUCCAUGCUUGUUUCAUCCAUUUGUUUCCAAGCUGCAAGAUAAGGGAGCCGAGUGUGUUUUCUUGGAGCAAAAAAUGGGCAACAAUGCAGAUAACUGAUUUGUGCGUGUCUACCAAAUAUUUGCCACAGUGCUUUGGCAUAGCAGUGAAUGUUAGACUGUUUCCAUGAAAUAAGCAAUGAAAUGACUUUUGUUUCUGCCAGCUUUCAGAUUACACAGAACUCCUUAUUAGAAAAAAUGGAAAAGUAGCAUAAAGACUAGCUAGGCAAAUGCAGGACACUGAGGUUUUUCUAUCAAGGCAGGUGUUUAAUCUAGUAACUUAUAAAUUUAUAAAAAAAUAAGUUAAACUUAUUUUUGAAACCUAAGAAAUUCUUUUCCCAAGAGCAUCAGUGUGACACAAAUGGAGGCCUCACAAGCUAAACAAUAGUCCUGACUAAUACAGCGAAAAUUACUGCCAAAUAUUUAAAUGAAUAAACCCAAAUCCUUAUCUUUCUGAGCCGGCAAUAACACUCUCAUUAAUCUAAUAAUAAGGGGAGGACUCGCUGCCUCUUCCUUGGGGAUUGGACAAAACAUGGUCCAGACUAGAAUUACUCCAACAAAAAUAAAUCAGUACAUCUGUCACUUUUGUAAGUGUGUUUUCUUUGGACUUCAGAUAUUGUUUUCAGAAGCCACAGUUAAGAAACAGCUAUGGCCAAAUAAUAACCAUCUAAAGCAAGAGGACUGAAACACCAAUGAUGCAAAAUAUGGCUUU